GCCGUCUGAAGUCUGAUGUGAAAUGCUCAGGUCCUGGCAGAACAACCAAAGUCUGUCCCCAGCUGGAAGGAACCGGUGGCUGAAAAUGAAACAGCAUCCUUUCCCCUUCCCUUUGAUCUUCGCUCUCUACUGCUUCUGUACUCUACAGUUCUCCUCAGGGUUUCCUCAGCCUGUCGCCGGUUCUAUAGAUGCUCCAGACGUUCCUAAAAGCGAGCUGGCACUGUGUUUCAGUCAGUGGACAGAACUGUCUAAUCAACCCCAGAUCUCCAAUAAAGUAAUGGAUCUUUGUAAUGCUAUUUUUAAUAGCAUGCAGAUAGAGGAGGAAAACAACGAGAACAUAUAUAAAAGAGAAUCACAAAUUGCUGCUGCAGAGUUUACAAAGAAGGAUAGUGCUGGUACCAUGGGACGGCCUUUUUUUCUUUUCAGGCCUAGAAAUGGAAGAACUAUCGAAGAUGGUGGUGAGUAGCCUCUGAAAGAAUUCCAUGGAAUAUGAAGCUCAU